GGGUGACAGUUGAGGAUGGCCGGAGCGGAGGGUCCCUCCAGGCGGCAGUCGGAGCUGGAGCCCGUGGUAUGGCUGGUCGAUGUCCUGGAGGAGGACGAGGAGUUGGAGAAGGAGGCAUGCGCCGUCCUGGGUGGCAGUGACUCCGAGAAGUGCUCCUACUCGCAGGGCUCCAUAAAGAGACAAGCACUAUAUGCCUGUGGUACCUGCACCCCCAAGGGAGAAGAACCAGCAGGAAUUUGCCUAGCUUGCAGUUAUGAGUGUCAUGGAAGUCAUAAACUAUUUGAGCUAUAUACAAAAAGAAAUUUUCAUUGUGAUUGUGGAAACAGCAAGUUUAAAAAUUUGGAAUGCAAAUUAUUUCCUGACAAAGCAAAGAUAAAUUCUGGCAAUAAGUAUAAUGACAACUUUUUUGGAUUGUAUUGCAUUUGUAAGAGACCUUAUCCUGAUCCUGAUGAUGAGAUUCCAGAUGAGAUGAUCCAGUGCGUAGUCUGUGAAGACUGGUUCCAUGGAAGGCAUCUUGGUGCCAUGACCCCCGAGAGUGGGGAUUUCCAGGAGAUGGUGUGCCAGGCCUGUAUGAAGCGCUGCUCUUUCUUGUGUGUAGCUUACACUGCACAAUUGGCAGUAACAAAAGUAUCUGCUGAGGAUGAUGGGUUGGUGCUGAAUGUCGAUGGAAUAGGUGAUGAGGAAGUUACCAAACCUGAAAAUGGAGAUCAUCAUGAUAGUCCCCUCAAAGAGGAUGUUCUAGAACAUGCAAACGAUGCUGUCAAGGCAGUUAAAGCAGAGCAGACUGAUGAACCAUGUGCCAGCUCUAGUUCUGAGUCUGAUCUCCAGACAGUGUUUAAGAAUCAACAUCUCAAUACAGAAUCACAGACUGGCUGCAAACUUCAGGAGCUUAAAGCCAAGCAUUUUAUAAAGAAAGACACUGCCACCUUUUGGCCCCUGAACUGGCGUAGCAAGUUAUGUACCUGCAAAGACUGUAUGAAAAUGUAUGGCGAUCUAGAUGUCCUGUUCCUGACAGAUGAAUAUGACACAGUUCUGGCUUAUGAAAACAGGGGCAAGGUUGACCAGGUGGCUGGCAGGACAGAUCCUUUAAUGGACACCCUUAGCAGCAUGAACAGAGUCCAGCAAGUGGAACUCAUUUGUGAAUAUAAUGACUUGAAGACUGAACUUAAAGACUAUCUGAAGAGAUUUGCUGAUGAAGGCACGGUUGUAAAGAGAGAGGACGUCCAACAGUUCUUUGAAGAGUUUCAGUCCAAAAAGAGAAGAAGGGUGGAUGGGAUGAAGUAUUAUUGCAGCGAGACUGGAGUACGGCACCUUCUCAGCCAGGCGCCUUGUCAGCCAGGUGCCGGAAAUGCCACUUACUGAUCCACGAAUAAAAGA